AUGUCUUAUCAGAAAAAGCAGCCCACCCCCCAGCCCCCAGUGGUUUGCGUGAAGACCUCUGGCGGCGGUAGCGGAGGCGGAGGCAGCGGCGGUGGCAGCUGCGGCUCCUUCAGCGGUGGCGGCAGCAGCGGUUCUGGCUGCGGCUACUCCGGCGGCGGUGGCUACUCUAGCGGCGGCUCCGGCUGUGGCGGGGGCUCCUCCGGGGGCGGCGGCGGCACUGGAGGCUGCGGAGGGGGCUCCGGUGGGAGCGUCAAGUACUCCGGGGGCGGUGGCUCCUCCGGGGGCGGCUCUGGCUGUUUCUCCAGCGGUGGGGGAGGUUCCGGCUGCUUCUCCUCCGGUGGCGGCGGCUCCGGCUGCGGCGGCGUCUCCUCCGGGGGCGGCUCUGGCUGCUUCUCCAGCGGUGGGGGUGGCUCCUCCGGGGGCGGCUCCGGCUGCUUCUCCGGCGGCGGCGGCUCCUCGGGUCAGGCUGUCCAGUGCCAGAGCUACGGAGGCGUCUCCAGCGGCGUCUCUAGCGGCGGCUCCUCCAGCGUCGGCUCCGGCUGCUUCUCCAGCGGCGGGGGCGGCGGCUCCGGCUGCGGCGGAGGCGGCUACUCCGGCGGCGGCGGCUCCGGCUGCGGCGGAGGCUCCUCUGGCGGCGGCGGCUCCGGCUACGUCUCCUCGCAGCAGGUCACCCAGACCUCGUGCACGCCCCAGCCGAGUUACGGAGGGGGGUCGUCCGGCGGCGGCGGCGGCAGUGGCUGCUUCUCCAGCGGUGGGGGCGGCGGCGGCUCCGGCUGCGGCGGCGGCUCCUCCGGGGUUGGCAGCGGCUGCGUCAUCGGUGGCGGGGGCUCCGUCUGCGGAGGUGGCUCCUCUGGGGGCGGCGGCAGCUCCAGCUGUGGCGGUGGCUCCUCCGUGGGGGGCUCAGGGAGUGGCAAGGGCGUCCCGGUCUGCCACCAGACCCAGCAGAAGCAGGCGCCUACCUGGCCAUCCAAAUAGGUCCCCCGGGGUACCACGGAGGCGAAGGAGUUGGAGGUGUUUUCCAGUGGCGCCGAUGGGCUUAGAGCUCUCAUGAUGUUACCCGAGGUUUGCAAAUCCUUCAUGUCUUAACCUACCUGAAAGAAGCCAUUGAGGUUUGCAAAUCCUUCAUGUCUUAACCUACCCGAAAGAAGCCAUUGAGCUCUCCGACUGCAACUAGUGCUGCUGUUUAGCCUCUUUGGUUUCUGUACAACUACCUCCCAACCCCAGUGCCUCAGUCAAUAAAUGUGCAAAUUCAUGAGAAUCUCUAGGUCUCCAAGAGUAUUUGUAGUGUUCAAGUUCAUCCAUUCCAUUCCAUUCUUCUCCUUUCCUGCCUUCGCUCUUUCACACUUACAUUCAUUUUACAAAUACACGGACUCAAUUGGCGGAAGGGUGAGUGGAUAGAUGAGAGUCACCAGGAGAGGGAGGAAUGUCUGGCAAACAACGGUCAAAUAUGUGAACAUUCUAGUGUGCGGCUUAAAAUCAUGACGUGAUCCCAAAACACAAAGAUCCUGAGGAGAGACUUCAAUAAACACCUCCCUG